AUGGCCAUUGCGAAAGACAGUACUGCUCGUACAGAUCGUGAUAUAUUUAAAAAAGUUAAAUUAGAUAUCGAUCAACUCACUAUUACCAAUGCUGCUCUUCAGGAUGAGUAUAUUGUAACAUAUGUCGUGAGUACAGCACAUCAUGAUUUACAGAAUCUUAUCGAAGAUGGCAUUGCUCAAUCUGAUUUGGCACGGAAAGUUAUGCAAAUAAUUUGUCAAGCAAAAAAUCUAUUUGCACUAAUCAUCGAUAACAUUGUUGAUUUGCAGCAACCUGAAGAUUUAGCAUCAAAAUAUACAACAUAUUUAUCAAACAUGGUUAGAAACUCGACUCAAACACAUGGCGGUAUUCAUUUACGAACGUUACUUCAAGCUAUGAAAGUAAUUACUCAAAAUAGACAUAUGAGAAAUGGAUUGAUUGAUCAAGAUGGCCUACCAUCAUUGACCAAAUCAGCAUGUGUUGAUGAGUUUGAUCGUGAAACAAUUCAGCAAUUAGCUCUUGAUCUUAUCUGGACGAUCAGCUUCAAUUCAAAAGCAGCAAAAUUCUAG